AUGCAAGGAAUUUCAAUCUUUGAUGAUGAUAAGUCAGCCAUAGAUAAGAUGCAAAAUUCUUUCAAGAAUCUCCUUUUUGAGAUUAUAUACUACUUGAUAUCUGGAGAGAACUUUCCCUUAUUUCUUUACGUUUUCUUUGUGCUGAUCGAAAGCUUUUAAGUGUUUUACUUUGCAUUCAGCGACGAAUUCCUAUCAUUAUGGAAGGUCAAAUCAUGGUCUGAAUCAUUUCAAUCAUUUUUUGGAUACUUCAUGAUAUCUCCAUAUUUGAAAAAUGUCCAAUUUCCAAGUUUUAUCCUGGUACUAUACAUAGUAAUGGGGUUAUUUUUUCUAUUGAUAGUGCUGAUAAUCUUUAUAGCUAUAAAAGCAUAGACAACAUCAGUGGGUAAAUUGACUGGUCCAUUGUUUGUGCUAAAAAUAUUUUUUGAAAUUCUCAACUACAUUUUCUUUAUGCCAACACUCCAUUUAUUUUUGACUAUCUUUUAUUGUGACUCAGGAACAGGUUAUCAUAGAUAUUAUAGUGAUCAAUAAUGUUAUACUGGUAAUUACUUAUUACACGCAUUUUUAUCCGCCAUUGCUGCCUUAAUUUUGAUAUGCGUGAGUGGAUUGGUUACGAUGACAUUCUAUGAAUCAAGAUUUCAACCUAACAAUCCUCUCUGCAAGAUUUCAGGGAGAGACGAUAUGAAAUUUUUGACCUUCAAAAUCAUUUUGGUACUGUGUUUUACUUUAUUGAAUGUGAGUGAGUUGAGGAUUUUGGUUGUCAUAAUAAUCACUCUUUUUGCUGUCAUUCAAUUCUUCUCAUUCAAUAAAUCCAGUGUCUAUCUGAACUAUUAUUACUCGAAAGUGUUAAAUUCACAACAUGCAAUCAUCAUGUGGACAAUCUGUAUGAUCAUCUUCGGCAUCAUCGUCGAAGAUACCUAUUAUGAAGGUGCUCCAUAUUUGUGGGUAUUCGGCAGUCCAUUAUUGUUGUUGAUUGUGAUGCUGCGAAAAGAAUAUCGAUACGACAUAAUGAUGAUAGACUCAAAUAAGUUCGAUUCCUUAAAUUAAGCCAUCCAACAAUUACAAUAUCUAACCAAAUUCUUAAAUUACUACCACACAGAUAGAAACAUAGCCACUCUCCUCGAUGGCUUUGUUGAAUACCACAGAACCAUCUGUAAAAGAGAGGACUGUCCUUGUUAGGCUAAAAACAUGGGAAAUAAGAAGAUUGCCAAAUUUCAGAAGAACUUCAAACUCUAAAAUCAGGACGAAGAAAUCAAAGAGUAAUAUGUCGUAUUCGUGUAUAUUUUGGAGAGGAUAUUCACUCUGUCCUUAACGAGGUUUCCCAAUUGCACUGAAUUGAGAAUUGCACAUUCGCUGUUCUUGAUGGAAAAAAUGUAAUCAAAUUAAUAAGCAUUAUAAGAAUUGGUAGCUGCAGAACAAGAAAAACCGUACAUGGAUGAACAAUUCAUCAUUUACAGAUUAAAGAAACUGAUCGAAGAAUAGAUGUUUGAGAAUUCAAAGUCAUCCAAAAAUCCAGCUGCUGGCAUCGAUGCUGUCAAUGAACUUACCACUGAGAACAAUCUGAGGGAUAUCAGGGCUUAGAUUGAGAAAUCAGCAUCACAACAUAUAGAGUUUUGGUCUCAAUUAAGUGAAGACACUCCAGACUUAGGGAAACUAUAUGAUGUGGGAACUCGCAUGAUGUAUGUGGACAAGAUGCUCGAAGAUUCAUGGAAGAGAAUCAUAAAAAUGAAUAUGGAUGUUCCACCAAAUUUGAUGAUGAUCUAUUCCAAAUAUCUAAUUGACAUUUUGUAUGACAAGGAAUCUGCUGAAGAGGUCUUGGAAAGAUUGAAGAAUUUCUAUUCUGUCAAUAUGGACAGAGGCAAAAUUACAAAUAAUAUCAAUGAUUUCCCUAAUGAAUCCACUGCAUUGAUCAGUAUUUCAGCUGAAGAUAUCACUUUCGGUAGAAUCAUAGGACUCAAUAUGUCUGCAUCCAAGAUGUUUGGCUAUUCCAAGAGUGAAUUAAUUAACAGGAAAGUCAACAUUUUGAUGCCCAAUGUCUUUGCUCAAUCACAUGACUAAUUCAUGGAAGCCUAUUUGUAAACUUAUGAAAGCAGAAUCAUGAAUAGAGAAAGAAUGAUUAUAGGUAAAUCUAAAAAUGGAUACAUCUUUCCCUUCUUCAUCUAUGUUAGAUAUGUACCUUCAUUUAUCCAUGGAGCAUAGUUUUUUGGAGCCAUGAGACAAGAAAAAGUGUUUAAGAAUGUGGCUUUCAUGAUUGUGAAUGGAUCAACUUAGGAAAUUGAAAAUAUUUCAGCCACUUUUAUUACCAUGUUUCAUGUAGACUUGAAUUAUAUCACGAAAAAAAAGAUGAAAGUUAGUGACAUCAUAUCAAAUUUCUAAGAGAAUAUCACUGAAUAUCUUAAUAAAACAGGGGCUGAAGCAGAAAUUAAUUUUAAAAAUAGAGAUUAGACAGUCUAAGGUAAAUUUAAUAUUACUGCUGGUGAAAUCAUGUUCAAAGAUUCUAAAUUAUAAGGUUAUGUUAUAAAAAUUGAAAAUAAUAAAUAAGAAAAAUCUUUUCUAAAUCCUAAUGAAUAAUCUCAAAUCAAAAAGCAAUAAUAAGUCAAAUUUUAUUUCUAAUUUGAUUAAUAAUAACAUAUCUAUUUGGGUGAAUAUACUUAAGAUUAAAAUUUCUAGAUGUCUGCUAUUUCAAGUGUCAAAUAAGACGAAACUUUUGAUUAUUCAUAGAGAGAACCAGUUAAAGAAGAUGAGAAGACUCCCACUUCAAAUAUUGGGGAAAAAGAUGAAAAAUUAGAUUUGGCCUUAGGAAUUAGGACCAUGAAAUAUAUCAAUGGGCAAUUAUUUGAUAUUGAUGAUUUCAAAAAUUAGGAUUCUGAUGAGGAUGCAGAAGAAAACGAUUAAAAGAAAGGAGGAACUACUGGAAUGUAAUAAGUUUAAAAAGAGGAUGAAGAAGAAGAAGCUGAAGGAGGACAUGCUAACAUCUAUAAAUCCAGACGAACUUUUGUCUAAUUCUUGUCGGAAAGUCGAAAUGUUAAUCAAAGUAGCAUGGUUUGUUUUAAAUGGAGUGCAGCUUUUCUGAUUAUCUGUUUGGGUGUCUUGGGUUUAUUAGAUUAUGUUUUAACAUAACAAUUAUUUUAGGAUAUUCAAGAAGGAUACAUAAUGAUGCAAGAUUCAAAUAUAAGAGUUGCUUUAGGUUAAAGAAUCUAAUGGUAAAUAAUGGAGUUGUGUAGAUUAAAUAAAAUAAAUGUGGCUGGUACAGAUGAUAAAGUGAAAACUUAACUUACCAAUAUGAAUACUACUAUUAGUGAUCUGAAAGAUAUUCAAUCCAAAAUAUAAUCAUCAACAGGUGUCAGUGGAAGACAAGAUGAAUUAAUGACAACUAAUUCUAUUAAAAUGAUUAGUAGAGAUGACAGUGGAAGUGAAAGCAAUCAAUUAGUAGAUAUCAACUAAGGAACAUCAUAAAUAAUAUCAAAAGCAUUUGAAAUUAUGAAUUUUGAUAUCACUGAUUUCGAUCCAGAUACUGAUUCCAUAUAUUUUAUUAGAUAUAAUCUAUUGAAUGACUACUAUUAAGCCACCUUAGAGAGUGUUGAUCUCUAUACAAACUAAUUAAUAAAUUUGGCAUAUGAUUCAAAUGUUUUACUUAUAUUGUUGAUAGUAGCAUGCGUGUUUACUUUUAUUUCAAUACCAUGGAUUGCUUGUACUUUUAACUUAGUUUCACAAAAUUAAGAGGAAGUCAUAAAACUAUUUCUAGAGAUUCCCUUAGCAAAGGUUAAAUAGCUCUUUGCAAAAUGUGAAGCUUUUUCAAACACUCUCCAAAUAGGGGAAGAUGAGGAUGCCAACCAAGAAAAUGAGUUGUCAUUUGAAGAAAAUGAGGAAGGAGAAGGAGUAGUGGAAGAAUUUGGAAGGAGAAAGAAAAGAAAGAAGUAUAAAUAUGAUUCAAAAGACAAGAGGAAUUUUUAUAUUAAAUUCAUUAUUUCUAUUGGGCUACUUAUAGCUUACUUUAUAGCCCAUUAUUUAAUUGGAACCAAUUUGUAGAGUUCCAUGUAAUAACUAAUCUAAGAAAUGAAUGCCACCUCAUUGGCUGUUCCUUCUAUUACUUUUGCAAACAAUGUAUUUAGGUAAAUGUUAUGGGAUCCCAACUUCCCUGUAAAAAAUAAUGUAUCCAAAACUAUUUCUGCAGACUUUGUCAAAGAUCUCUACAACUUGAAUACGAAUAUGCAAAAGGAUCACUCAUUAAAUUUAGGUUAUCACAAUUCCAUUUAUAAUGAUUACUUUGAUACAAUAAUGAAAGCUGGAGCCUGUAAUGAAGUCAUCAAGGUUGCUGGAGUAGAUUUGGCUACUUGUUAAGCUUUCGUUAAAGGAAUUGUGGAUGAAUCAUUAGCCUUAGCAUUAUCAAGACACUUUGAAAAUCUGAGGUAUUUACUUACAGUAUACGAUUCUCUCUUGAAUGAUUCCUCUGCUACCGCUAUAGCUGGAACAGUUUAUAAUUUCACAGACAACAUUCAGCGGAAUAAGAUCCUGUCACUUAUGUACACAGACAUUUCUGCUGUUGAAUUAAAUCAAAUGCAAGACAUCUAUAUAAGAUCAAUCUUUCAGUAGUUACUAACUAUUUUUAAUGAUAGUUUGCAGAAAGACUUAGACACAAACACUACAACAACAGUAACAAUAUUUAUAGUGUUCUUGGUUGUUCUUGUGCUGGUGUAUCUCUUGUUUUGGUGGCCAAUAGCAAAUAAAAUAAAUAACGAAAUAAGAAGGACAACACUCCUAUUAUCAAUGAUACCCUUAAAUUUAAUCUAGAGAAUCAAAGCUAUCAGAGAAUACUUGAAUAGAAUCCAUAAGGUCGACUCUUGAUUAAUCAUACAUAAAUUAAUUUGUUUAUUAGUUUUGAUCCAAAAAAAAAAA